UAAGUAGUGGGAGGGCAUGAAAUAGAUCGCAAUUGUGCAAUUGUACAAAGUAGGUAUGUAUGUAUGUUGAUGCAUGCUGUCACGUCUCUUUAUCUUCCGGUGCCAACAGGAAACAGGAACAGAACAGAAACAAGCACAGAAAACAGGGAGAAGAGCAGGAACAACAGAAAACGUGAACAGGAACAAGAGCGGGAAAGAGGUAACAGUUGAUGAUAGGUUAUCCUACACGUCACAAUGGACAAAUCGCGAAUCGACGAAUGGAGGCCGAACGCGGGCGUGAGCCGGAAGAGCGGGACGAGACCUGAUUGGAAGGUUCGCUCUAACGAGAAGAUUGCUCGAAUAAGCCCAUCACUCCAAGCCAACGCCCCAGGCCAACAACGCCCCAAGAUACUGGCUCAGGAAGACCACAAAACCUCAGAUCACACUCAUGACCAAACGUGUGCGUGUGCGUGUAUGUGCGGGGCCAGAUAUGCGUGAAAAAGCAGGAAGGAAGGAUCUAAAAACAUGUGCGGAGGGCUCCACGCGAUUUUGGAACUGAACUGACAAGAAAGGAAGGCAGGCAGGCGGGUGAUGUACGAAUCCCAAGUCGGAAGUGGAAGCCGAAGCGGAAGUCGAGGUCAAAGUGGAUGUGGAAGUCGAACCCCAGGAGAAGUGCAAGUGCUGGCCGGCAUAUCCCGCCGUUCUGUGCUUCUGAGGAAAUGGGAAAAGGGUCACACGACCUCUUUUCUCCCUUGCUCCUUGCCCCUUUCUGCAUUUUUCGUUCUGCGUUCUUCGGGCUUCGGUCUCCUCAAAACGACCAAAAGUCGUAUCGUGCCCACACCGAACCAAUCCGAUCCAAACCAAACCGAACCGAGCCAGAUCAAGCCACAUCGAAGCAACUCUCGUGAAGCGGGAGAACGCCGUAAAGCCCGGUGGGUCUUCUUGCCCCGGACCCCUGGGGAAGCUGGAGUCUUGGAGCCCUGGGCGCUGGAGGAGUGCUGCUAGCCAGCCCGUCCCUUCUGCUUCUGCCGAUUCUGGAAAAUGGGUCACACGACCACAUUUCCCCCUUCCCCCUUCCCGUUCUCCUUUCUUCUUUUCGCAUUUUCGCAAUGUUUUGUUCGUUGUUCGUCAUCCUUCGGUCUUCGGUCUCGGUCUUCGUUCCCCAUCAGCAGGGGGUCAGGCGCCAGGGAUCGUACCGGGACAGCAGACACAGGGAGGGGGGAGGACGCAACACCGGCUCCAGGACCCAGCACCCACCGCCCCACCCAAACCAGGCUCUAGCAACACCCCAGCGCCGCCUGCAAGCCUACGCUCUGCACUCUCUCCCCUAUGCCCAUCCCCACCCCAAUCCGAAUCCGCACCUCCUUCCCUUUCCCCUUACCCACCUCCUUCCCUUUCCCCUUCCCAACCUCCCCCCUCCCCUCCAGCGACACAGGCGCAGGAGCACACCGAUGUCUCCCCCCCACACACCUACAUUCCCUAGAACACCAAACCCCUCCACACCUGGGACACGCCGGGAAGCCCCUUCCUUUCUUUCCACAGACCUGACAUUUGGAGCUUGGGAGGAGUUUGGAAGACUCUUCGAGCGAGGAGAGGAAGGGGUCUAGCGUUAGGG